CUGGGCUGGCAGUUCGUGGACUGCGGGAGGCCACGCCCAGUUCUUCCGUCCGGUCUCUCGCCACCGCAUCAGCUAGCGCCACGAGGGCAGCAUGGCAGGCGGCGAGUUGCGGGCAGCGCUGGAGCAGCGCCUCGAAGCCCUGGCCAUCCGCACGGAGGUCGUGGAGCACCCGGAGGUGUUUACAGUUGAAGAAAUGAUGCCUCAUAUCCAACAUUUGAAAGGAGCACAUAGUAAGAACUUAUUUCUUAAAGACAAAAAGAAAAAAGGCUAUUGGCUGGUGACAGUUCUUCAUGAUAGACAAAUUAAUUUAAAUGAUCUUGCCAAGCAGUUAGGUGUUGGAAGUGGAAAUCUGCGGUUUGCUGAUGAAACAGCCAUGCUAGAAAAACUGAAAGUUGGCCAAGGCUGUGCCACACCGUUGGCACUCUUCUGUGAUGAUGGAGAUGUGAAAUUUGUUCUGGAUUCUGCUUUUUUGGAAGGUGGACAUGAAAAGGUGUACUUUCAUCCAAUGACCAAUGCUGCAACCAUGGGAUUGAGCCCUGAAGACUUUCUCACAUUUGUGAAGACGACGGGACACGAUCCCAUAAGACUAAAUUUUGAUAAAAACUAAUUGGGCUAAUGUUUAGAAUACAUUUAUUUCUGAAAGCUGUUUUUCUUACUUGUAAUUAUAAAAAGCAUUAAAAGUGGUAAGAUAUAUAUAGCACCUUGGUUUGGUGACUACCUAAACUACUUAAGGAGCUACUUAACUAUUUCAUCUUAAAGGAGCUGUUUUUAAAGAUAUAUUGAGGUAGUUUUAGUCAGUUCAGAGAUUCCACCCUCCCCUUCCCCCUUGACAAUUACUUGUUACAGGAAUGCCUUCAACAAUUAAGGAUGAAUUAACAUAGGGAGUUCCCUGGUGGCCUAGUGGUUGGGAUUCUAGGCUUUCACUGCCAUGGCCCGGGUUCAAUCCCUGGUCAGGGGAACUGAGAUCCUGCAAGCUGUGUGGCAGCCUAAAUUAAGUAAUUAAUUAAUUAACAUCAAAACUAAGAUUAGUUAACUAUCUAAGAUUAACUAUAUUACAUCUUCUGUAAGGUGUUUAUUAUACUUGAAAAAAGCAAGCUGCAAAAACAGCAUAUAUAAAAUUAUACAUAUGACAGUGUACAUACAGGGGAGAAAGAGGAAUAUGGGAAUAUAUUCAACUGUUAAUAGUGGUUAUCUUUGGGGAAUGAGGAUUAAGGAAUAAGAAUUCCCCAGCGAUAUAAUUAAACAUGGGGGCAAGGGCAAAACCUUCCUAUUACUGGGUGUUCGUUUUUAAACCAAUGCUUUUUUUUUCAGUGAAAAAUAAGCUAAUUUUUAAAUAAAAUUCUAUCUUUAGAAAAUUUUAAUCUGGAAAAACACUCAAAGUAGGGAUGGAAAAUGUUAUGUCAUAAUCAUUAUACUAAUGAAAUUAUAUUUUAAAACUCAGGAGCAGAAUAUACAUAGGCCAUUAAGAAGGAUUUGCUUAGUCUUCGGAGGUUACAAAAUGUGAACAUGCUUGAACAAGGUUCCUCUGUCCUCUAGGCUAUAUUAAAUUUUACUCAUCCCCUUUCAACUGUGGCAUCUAAAGCAGUAUAAGAACCCAGGAUUAUGUAUUGUCAGUUGUCAUAUAGAAGCUAGUUCAAAAACAGGAAAAUUGAUGUACUUUUCCACCGCACUUAGAUUCAAACAAAACCCCAGUUGAGGGUCUGACUAGACUAGGCUACAAAAUAGCCUAGAGGUCUUAGGAAAAUUCUCGUUUCCUCUAGAGUACAAUCAAGUGGGAUAUUUGAGAGAUAAUCAUAUUUUCCUAAGGUUGAACACUCAAAAAAAUAAUUUGCUUCUGGUAGAGAAAUUGUACUUAAUUUGUACCAAUUUGCAUUACUGAAAGGCAAAAG